AUGUCCAGACUUUUGAAGAUAUGUUUCUUAUUGAUAUCAAUGAAUCAUGCUGAGAUUACACACAGUCAGAACACGGAAGAUUUGCCUCCAUUAUUACACAAAGCUGUGGAGGAAGUAAUAACUGGGAAAUAUCUAAAUGCGCUCCUUGAUAUACUUAAUUUCCAAAGUUCUAAUGUGUGGACAACAGACAUGCUUACAAAAGUCAUGGCAUAUUUUAAUGCCCAGGAAGUUAUGGUUAGUCUUAGCAGCCUGCAGAUGUCUAUAAAAAGUUACCUGAAGAACCUUUUAUACCAGCCUAGGCAACUGCUAUCUGAAUUUCAACAACUUGAUCAGCAGCAGUUCCAAACUGCAAUGAACUAUCUCUUCAACAACAGAAAGGACCAUCUUGAAAUAGGAAAUAUUAUUCUUGACUGGGACAAGGCUAGAGAGAGAAUUUUUCAAAGCCCAGGAGUAAACAGGACCUUAUUUCUUAUAACACUGGAUAGAUGCUUUCUGGCCCUGAGUGCUUUGGACUGUGUGGAUAUCCUCAGCCAGGUUUUGCGUGUGUCAAUGGUAAAUUAUCUUCAACCUGAUGUCAUCGGGAGCCUCCCAAACACUCUGCUGGAGGAUGCUUUCCGAAACUUAUCAACAGUAUUCAAGGAUCUCUAUGACAAAACCUCAGCAAAUGCACAGAGAGCUCUGUAUGGGUGGAUGAAGCAGAUUCUACAACAAUCCUGUAACAUGAGCGAGUUCAAUGAAUCCACUUCUUGGGUCAGUGCAGAAAGCUUAUGGAUUUUGGGAAGAUAUAUGGUCCAUCUGCCAUUAGAAGAAAUUCUGAAAAUUGGACUCGGUGAAAUAAGACUAUUCAUUAGCUAUGACAAUGCAACAAAGCAGUUGGACACAGUGUAUGAUAUCACACCAGAGCUUGCACAAGCUUUCCUGGAAAGAAUAAACUCAUCAGGAUUUGAUAUGAGAAACACUUCUACUAUCUACAGGUUAGGUUUGUUGGUAUGCUUUUAUGAUGGUGUGGAACAGGUGGAUGCUGCUGUGGCACGGGCUUUACUUCAUCAAAUGAUUAAAUGCAAUCAGUUGAGAGGUUUCCAGGCUGAGGUUCAGAAGCUCAAAUCUCAACUCCUGAAUAUUGCCAUGCAAAACCAGACAUUGAAUGAUAUCCUUGGAUCUCUGUCAGAUGCUGUGGUUGGACUAACUUCAAGUCAGUUGGAAUCUUUGUCACCUGAAGCAGUGCAUAGUGCAAUUGCAACAUUAAACCAAGUCUCUGGGUGGGCAAAAAGCCAAGUAAUGAUUUUAUCCAGUAAAUACCUCUCUUAUGAAAAGGAUUUAUCAUUUCAUAAUAUUAGUCACAUGGGCAUGUUGGUAACUGGUAUUAGCACCCAGACAUUCUACAGCAUGAACCCAAAGGAGCUUUCUCAGAUUAUUCAAGGCACAACAUCCCAACACUUAUCUGACUUAUCGCCUGCACAACAGCAAGGGAUCCUCAGGAAGAUAGCUGCAUCUGGGGAUUUUUCUUUAACAGUCAAAGAUAUACAAGGAGCUUUCUUUAAAGAAAUAUCUCUUUCUGAUUUGUGGAAGCAGACUGGAUAUAAUUCUUCAAUGAUGAGAGGAAAAGAACUAAGAAGCAGCCAGGCUUUGUAUCUGUAUGAUUUACUGUCUAAGAAAAACUACCCUGUUGACCUUCUAAGCACAGGACAGCUUGUGAAAGGAGUCACUUGCCAACUCAUUGAAAGUAUGGGCACUGACAUUUUUUUAAACAAUUUUAAAUUCUUUGAAAACAAUCUUCAUCUGCUUUCUCCAUAUCAGGUUAAUUGUUUGGCAUGGAAGUUUUGGAAAGUUUCCAAUGCAUCUAUUCCUCCCUUCCUUUUAUUGGUGCUUCCGGUUGAGUACCUGAAGUAUAUUUCGCACUCUUUGUGUGUCCCCUUCAUUGAAAGUCUGGGGAAGACAGAGAUGGACCUUUUGAAUCCAGGCCUUCACAAAAAGAACGCGGUCCUGCAAAAAGUCCAGGAGUGCUUGAAUGGGUCCAUUGCUGAUGAAUAUGAUGUCGACCUACUUGGAAAUCUAAUCUGCCACUUACCUCCAGCCUUUCUACAUGGCAGAAUGUCCCUGAGGGCAAUGGCUACAGCCCUGCAUCAGUUCAAAUUCUGCCAAGAGCUCAGCCAUGAGCAGAAGACUGAAAUUAAAUACAAACUCCUUGAGUUGUAUGGCUCUCCAAACAAUUGGACAGCUGAAACAACGUUAGAUGUUGGACCGUUCACAGCUCUGCUCUCAAAAAGGGAACUAAACGUCCUUGCAGAAAAGUUCCCAGAUACCAUUUUACAAAUAGCAAAGACAAGUGGACCAAUUUCUUCAGCUGAAGAUCUUCUCUCAACUGUAUUUGAAUCUGUCUCCAAUGCCACUGCCAAUAUAGAGUCAUCUCUCACCAGACCUGAUUGCCUGGGAACCAGAGCUCCUUCUUCAGAUGAAAUUAUUAAAUUAGCAGAAGCAAAUGUCUUUUGGUCAGUUCAGGAACUAAAAUGCAUGGACACAGGGACUUUUGACAAAAAUGUGGACCUUCUUGGGACUGUCUCAGGUUUUAAUAGCUCCCAGCUUAUUGCUUUGAAAGAAAAAGCCAAGCAGGCUUGGGGAUUGCUGCCAGACUGGAAGAGUUUUCAUCUUGUUUCCCUGGGCCGCAUUGCUCUGGCACUCACCGAACGUGAAAUUGAAGAGCUGGAUUUGCAUUCUAUCGACACCAUUUCUGUACUUAGUCAGCAAACAGAAUGGACUUUUACCCAGGCAAGAUCUAUUUUGCAAGGUUUUCUAGAAGACUCUGGCCAGACGAUCAGUACACUAAAAAGCUUUGAUUUAGUUGGAUUAGGAGCUAUUCUCUGUGCUUUGAACCCUACAGAGAUCAUGUCCAUAAAGACUGCUGAAUUCAGUGCUGCUGUUGCAAGAAUUGGCCUGUUAUUUUGUAGUACCCCUGUUCUGAGGCAGUUUAAAAAGCUGACAGAAUCUGUGUUUGGUGUUGCUACCAGCUGGAACAGCUCUAUUUUACAGGAGAUUGGUACAAUAGCAGGUGGUUUGAAUGAAGAUGAAUUAAAAGCUUUUGAUAAAAACUUGAUGCCAUAUUUCCAGCCAAUAGCAGUAAGAUGUAUACCUCCUGAAAUUUUCCAAGCAUUGUCCCCAGAACAAAUAGCAAACAUGGGCCCUGAAAAUGCCGCCAUGGUUACCAGAGUGCAGCGUGAGCAUCUGAAUGCAUCACAGCUCCAGAGCCUUCAGAUGGCACUGGACGGAGCCAGAACAAGCCCCCCAGAGACACAAAAUGGAGCAAGUACUACCCAGGCAGUGCAAACCCCAGCGCUGAGUGGUGCUUCUUGUUUGAGUGGCUUCAGCAUAUGUUUCUGUGCUGUGUUUGUGCUGCUCCUGCCUUUCUGA